AUGAAUUCGGCUCCCCUUCCCCGCGGCGACUCCCGUCCGACUACCCGCCCGGCUGCCGCCCCCGUCCACUACACCCAGUCUGAGGAGGAAGAGCAUUUCCAGCAUAACGAGUGGGAAGCUCGUAUCAUCGGUGUUCUUCAGCGGGACGAUAAAUCCUGGAAGGAGGAGGUCCACCGCCUCGAAACGCUCCUUAACCGCCUUCGCCUGCCCGACGGCCGCUUCGUUGUUCCCCAUGGUGGUGCCAUCCUCGAUGCCUACUAUGUUCAGCGUGCGGAUCGUGUAGCUCUCAUCAACAUGACGGAACACAUGGUCGAGAUGCACAAGGAACAGUUUGUCCAUUCCUUCAAGCACACCGACGCGUUGAAUGCCCUUGUGGACCAGACCCAAAGCGAAGCUGCACUGGCUCGCCGUCUUGUCGAGUCCGUCUCCAACCGUGUAUCCCGCGGCAGGUCCGCCAGCCUGCUGGCUACACGCAGCACGCUGAUGGCCGAGUUUGUCAAGGAUGUCGACUCGGCGGAAAAGACUGCCAGGAUCUACGCGCGCGAGAUGAAGCUGCACAACCAGGGGAUCCAGGAGCAGUGGAACAUCUUCAACCGCCACGGCUACGGGCCCGCCAAGCGCAUCAUUCGUCUCUUCCACACCAUCGAAAAGCUCGUCGAGGACUGCGAGGAGGAGAUUGACCGCCUCUGGGGUGUUCGCUCUUAG